AGCAGGCAGACAAGGUAGAUUAAAACCAAGCUACCCUUCUGACUAUGGAGCGCUUUGUCUAUCCGCCCUACAGCGUUUACCAAGGCUAUGCGAACACCUUCACUCCUAGCCACAACGUAGCCCCCAGGCCACCCUCCAAGCAGAAACAGCCAAGCUGGAAGCAAAGCAAGAGCAGCGGUGCUCCCAACCCCUACAGAGGGGUCUUGUCCGGCCCUUCCUCGGCUCCGCCUGUGUCCUCGCCGGACUACAUAGACACCUACAAGCGAGCCCAGCUGAAGGCGCUGCUGUCGCACGUCAGCCCAGGCCUCACCCCGCGGCUCCGCAAAGCCAACACCAAAGAGGUGGGCAUCCAGGUGAACCCGCGGGUGGACGCCGCCGUGCAGUGCUCGCUGGGCUCCCGUCCGCUCCAGGCUGUCCGGCCCCAGAGCCCCUCCGGUCGUCUCAGCCGAGAGACGCCGCCAUUGCCGGGCGUUUAUUCGCCCAUCCUAGGCCGCCGCCUCUUCACCUUGCCCGAAGUGGUCGCCGAACCGAAAGAGCAAGACGAAGCGCCGGCUUCACAGCAGCCCGCUGAGGAGCCUGUGGCGAAGAAGCCGUUAUUAGAGAGACGGGAGGAGGAGGAGGAGGCGGCGGCGGCGGCGGGGGAGGAGGAGGAGGAGGAAAAUUCGGAGAACAGAGACGAAGAGCUGCGGGAUGGGAAGGGCGAAGUGGCCCAGAAAGGUGGCAACGCCGAAGAGGACAAAAAAACCACUUUCCAGUUCCUAGAACAGAAAUAUGGCUAUUUCCAUUGCAAUGAUUGCAAGACCAGAUGGGAAAGUGCUUAUGUAUGGUGCAUUUCUGGAACCAAUAAGGUUUACUUUAAACAGCUCUGUCGCAAAUGCCAGAAGUGCUUUAAUCCUUAUAAAGUGGAAUCAAUUCAGUGCCAUAUCUGUUCAAAGACUCGGUGCUCCUGCCCCCAGAAGAAAAGGCACAUUGACCUCAAGAGGCCCCACCGUCAAGAACUGUGUGGCCGCUGCAAAGGCAAAAGACUGUCUUGUGACAAUACCUAUAGUUUCAAAUACAUUGUUUAAUAUGCCCUGACUUACUUCUAAUGUGUGCAGUUCUUGCAUUUGGCACUUGGCACUUUGUUACUUGUUUCAUAACAUGGCUUUGACUUUAGGCUUCUGACCUGGCAUUGGAUAACGGAUUAAUGAUUUUUUGUAAGGCUUAGAAAUACUAUUUGUAACUUAUCCAUUUACCUUGUAAUAAAAACUGAAUUCUAAUUACACUGUAAUACUCCCUUUGGUGAUAUGAAGGGUGAACACUGUAAAUGAGAGAGCUAAUAUUGGGGUAAAAUAAACAGAAGGAAUGGGCAGCUUAGAGGGAUUUCUGUGUAGCAAACCUAAAAGUUAAGUAGGAGCAGCAUAUCUCCUUUAGGAUGCUUUCUCAUUAGAAAGAAAAAUAUAAAAGUGGAUACUGGCUCUUUCAGAAUGAUGAGCUACCUAUUCUGUACCUAUUCUUCACCAAACAGAUAAGUGAAAUCAGUCCACAAUCACUGAAAGAAAAGAGAACAAAUCAAUACCUCUUUGUAAUAGAUCUCUCCAACAGAGAUGGUAAUAAAAAUUAAUUAAAUUUAAUAAAAGCAUAACAAUUCUAAUGUGUGGCCCUCUUGCUGAAACUGAACAAGAGCAAAUACUUGAGCACAAGCAGUUGUCAGAUUAAAAGCCUUGCAUUGAUACCUAUUUAUGUAGCUUCAGGCUGCCUUCUAAACUUAUGUGGAAACAGUUCAGUUUCUUUCUCUCCUGGAGUAACAUAAGAAAUAAAACAAUUUUUCCUAUACCCAUCUCUUGUUGCAUUUUACCAAGUAAGGUUAACUAAAGAAAGGGUUAUUUUAAGAAAUCAAGUUGCCAUCUUGUACCCAGUGUUGUUCAAAUGACAGAGCAUGGUAUUUUUUGGUAGCAGCUACUCAGAGGAAAAUGUAAUUGAGAAAAGAAUACAUGGACUUGCAGCCUUGGAAGCUGAAUAUAUUAUAACAGUUCUAGCUACACAAAGGUGUGGGUGGGUAGAAAUUUCAGCAUAGAAAAAUUAUCGAAGUGUCAGAUGAGAUGCCUUAUAUACUGAAGCUGAUACAUUAGGCCAAUGGUGAAGAUAAAAUCAACUUCAGCCACAAAUAUUGUUAAGUUUGCUUAUGUUAUAUCUUUAACAUUUACAAAGCUCUGAUUUUGUUUCUAUGAAGAAAAUAACUUUCAGGCAAAGCUAAACUGUAAACAAUGGAUGACCAUGUUUAAGUUUCCAAAGACUGGUGGAAGUACUGGAGUUGUAGCUUAUGAA